AUGUACGCCCUCGUCGCCAACUCCUUCAAAACAACCCCGGCCGUCCGCCGCAUCCUCCCCUGCUCCUCCUUCCACUCGCAAUACACCAAGUUCCAGGCGCAGGCGCAGGCACAGGCAUCGCAGACCCAGCCCCAAGCCCAGCCCCAGAGCAACAUCCACUCCACCGCUGCCGUCGACCAGUUCUACAUGUCGUCCUCGUUCCCCGACGACGUCGAGAACCCGCCGACCAUGACGCAGCGCCGCACCUCCGUCCAUGCUACGCCCCAGUGGCGCCAGGAGAACGCGACGGAUAGCGAGGCUGGUGUUAAGGCUGAUCGCGGCGAGGCGGCGCCUGAGGAUACGUACCCCGGUGAGGAGAAUGAGCCGACCAUUGAUGAGAUGUGA